AUGGGGAAUUCGCAUAACUGCAGAAAUGGUUUAGAACUAUGCUCUGCCCUUGAUAAUACGAAUCUUAUUCCCCUUAACACAGGUGAACCCACCUAUCGCACUAGACCAGAAAGCCCCCCUUCAAUAAUUGACCUAACUUUUGUGUCUCAGAACCUCUUUAACAUCACCUCUUGGGGAGUUUGGAAUGACUCUCUGGGAAGUGAUCACUUUCCAGUGGUAUCCAGUCUUGGUACCGCAAUAGCUUCGUGCUUAUCUCACAAAUCCAAUCUUAAGCGAGUUGACUGGAUCUCCUUUUCUAAUAACCUUUCGGAAUCCAUUAAGGGCAAAAACGGAACUUUAAAUUCCUCGGACAUUGAUUGUUUAUCCAAGUAUAAGGCUUUCGGUAAAAGUGUGGAUGAAGCAGUUACUGCGGCUAGUCCUCCCUCAAGACCUCCCAAAAACUUAACUCACUCUAAAAAUAAAAGGAAAACAUUUGUUCCUGCUCCAUGGUGGGAUGCGGACAGCGACGCUUCUAUUGAGGAAAGAAGAUUAACAUUGGCGUCCUACAGGAGGCGUAGAAAUGCAGUUAACUACAUGAACCUAAAUAGAAUAGAAGCCAAGACCAGACGCACAUUAAACGCGGCUCGUAGAAACAACUUUAGGAAAUUCUGUGAGAUCCUAGAUAGGACAACACCGAUCUCAAGAGUUUGGCGUAUCGUUCAGUGUUUUAAGAACAAGUACACUCAACCGGCGAAUGCAUCUUGUUCAGGGGAUAGUGACACGAUUCAAAAACUGCACUCACUGGCUGAAGAAAUGCUUCCACCAACGGUCUUCUUCGACUCCUUCCCUGAAAACUUUCAGAAGAAGGGGUUCCUACAGGCCCCGUUCUCGGAAGCUGAACUUUCUAUUGCCUUAACUUUAGUAAAAACUAAAUCCUUUCCUGGCUUAGACAAUUGCUUUAGCAUCAUUUUUGCUUGA